AUGGCUACUUACCCCACUGCUGACCAAGGGGCAGGAACCCUUGAGCUUGGUUCCGAGAAGGACCCUCGCAUCGACCAUGUCGAAGACCCAAAAGCUCACAUUAUUCUACCCGAUGAUCUCACCGACAGUAAGAAGCGAAAGGUCAUCCGACGAAUCGACCUCAGGCUUCUACCGAUACUCGGAGUCAUGUACUCGAUUUCGCUGAUUGACCGCACAAACCUUGGGUUGGCCCUUGUGGCUGGUAUGCAGGAAGACCUCGACCUUGCCGUGGGCGAUCGGUACACUAUCAUCGUCAUGUUGUUCUUCAUUGCAUACAUUAUAUUUGAGAUUCCCAGUAAUCUGAUCCUCCCCAAAGCCGGUGCUGCCAACUGGCUGUCGUUCUUGGGCGCCUCGUUCGGAGCAAUCCUAAUCGGCAUGGGCUUCACUCACCAUUGGGCUACUAUGGCUGUCUGCAGAACACUACUGGGCGUAUUCGAGGCGGGAUUCCUUCCAGGCUGCACGUACCUGAUCACCUGCUGGUACACGCGGUUCGAAGUCGGGAAGCGACUCUCGGCCUUUUGGAUUCUCUCCGUUCUCGCAAGCGGCUUCUCGGCGAUUCUCGCGUACGCAUUCACAUUGCUAGAUGGCCGCGAGGGACUCGGAGGUUGGCGCUGGAUCUUCAUCAUCGAGGGCGCCAUCACAGUUGGAAUCUGCCUUUUCGGCCGCCUGAUAAUCAUCGACUUCCCCACAAAAGCCGGCUCCUUCCUCAGUGCCACCGAAAAGGCCUUUGUGAUCAACCGCAUCAACGACGACCGCGGCGACGCCGAAGAAGACGAGGUCUCUCUCUCCAGAAUCCUCUUCCACCUCCGCGACUGGAAGCUGUAUAUCUGGUCCUUUAACCUCAUGGCGUCCACAUUGCCAGGAUACGCCUACUCGUACUUCCUACCUAUAAUCCUCCGGGACGGGAUGGGGUUUAGUACCACGCAGUCGCAGCUGUUGAGCUGUCCGCCGUAUGUCUUUGCUGCCAUUAUGACGCUCGUCUCGGGGUGGCUCGGGGAUCGGUACAAAAUUCGCGGUCCGGUUAUUGCGGUGCACCAGCUCCUGACGGCUGCUGGGAUGCUCAUUACGGCGUAUGGCAAGGCAAAUGCUGCGAGGUAUUUCGGGUCGUUCUUGGGCAUCGGCUUCCUCCAAUUCUGCAUCCCAGGCGUUCUCACCUUCCAAGCAAACAACAUCACCUCGCACUCGAAGCGCGCCGUCGCGUCUGCGACUUGUCUCAUUGGCGGUGGCGUCGGAGGCGUUAUUGCUAGCUCGGCGUUCAAGUCAAGUGAAAGCCCGCAAUACACUACGGGGAUUUGGGUUACGUUUGCGAUAUCCAUGAUGAGUAUCUUCCUGACUAUGGUUCUUGAUGUGUAUAUCUGGAGGAAGAAUAGAGCUGUCAAGGCUGGGAGGGCGGUCAUUGAAGCGCGCGAGGGGUGGCUUUACACGCUGUAG